AUGACCUGUGCUUCACCCGAGAUGAGAAAGAAAAGGAAUCGAGAUGCUCAGGCCAAGCACCGAAAGAAGAAGCAAGAAGAAACUAGACGCCUGCAAUCAGAAGUGGAACAUCUCCGCAGAGAACUGCAGGAAGUCCGUGACGCCAUGGCAAGCAACGACAUGCAGCGAUUGAAAUAUAUUGUGCUAGGUGAGACGCGGCCUUCGACGCCUCAGCCCGAUGCGUCAAGCACGGUCGAGUUAGGCACGCCAAUCACUGACGGAGGGUACGCCGAGUCGUCCGAUCCUUUCCCCAUAUCAUCUAUCAUUCCCUACUCGAACUACAGCACCCUCGACUGUACGCUCCCCCUAGCAGAGUAUAAUCCUUACCCCGCUACUACAUUUCAAACAGUAUUUACAGAAGAUUACAACCAAAUGCUGCCAUGGAAUUCGGUUCCAGUUCCGGCAUUGCCCAGCAUGGGAAUGCCAGGAUUAUUCGACUUGUCUUCGUGGCUCGACCCGCAGCUGAUGAUUUCAUGAUAACAAUAUAUACAUCCUAGAGAGCAAAACACUUCUCGUCUACUUCAUAGAUCUUUUCAUACAACGAAUAAUUAGCUUCUGCGAAUUGAAUAGGGUCCCUUGCAUAUCCUUAUGAAGACUCCGUCCUAUGGCUACUAUUUUGCAUCAAUGACGUUGUGCAAAGCUGAAUUCAAAUCAGCCACAUUCGAUGUCAGAUUCUGCUUUGAGUGAUGAGAAAAUAUUCGCCUUCCAGUACGACUGCAGAUAGAACCCCUACUUUGAUCACCCACUUGUGACCGGGAUCUGUGUACACACCCCAUUACAAUCUGUCUGACAUUAUGUAAGUAUAUCUGUAUGACCGUACCCUCCUGUGACCUAC